AUGCCUAAUAGCAGCAUAAGCCAGCAUAACCUUUCCUCCAACGUGAUGCUGCCAGACCCCUCAGAGAGGCUCCACAGCAUUCUCAUACCCCUAUACAUCAUCAACCUGGCUGGAGGCAUCCUUGGGGUCAUCAUGAUGUCCCAUCAGUUGUUCCAAAGGAGACCACAACCUGUGAUGACUGUUAUCAUCAGCAACCUUCUGGUGCUGCACACCUUCAUGCUGCUCAGCAUCCCGUUCCGCCUCAGCUAUUACAUUUUACAGGAAUGGAAAUUUGGGAGGUUUUCCUGCAAGCUAGCAAGUGCCAUCAUCUACUUCCACAUGUACACCACCUUUGUGUUUUAUGUGGGUAUCAUCACAAUACGCCUCUUUCAGCUGGAGUCUAGGAAGUGGUUCACUGCAGCCUGGGUGGCUGCUGUCUGGCUGCUGGGAGCACUGGUGAUCACACCCGUGCUUCUCUCAUACUAUGGCACCUCUAAGACAUAUCGCUCCUCUGAAUGUUUCCAGUUCCACAAGGAGAUCCGAGAGACACCUAUGGUGAUUGCAAACUACUGCUUCAUUGGGAUUUUUGUGUCAGUUUGUGCUCUUCUCACCACAAUCCAGUUUUCCGUGAUCUGUCGACUGGCUGCCAAGUACUGGCCUGCCAUCAGAUCACAUGUGGAAUUCAGAGCUCAGGCAAAGAGUUUAUUCUUCCUCUUGGUAUCAUUAGUGUGCUUUAUGCCUCACCAUGUAUUCAGAGUAUAUUACAUCCAAAACUACGCCCUGGAUGAAGACCAUAAACUACUGCCAUAUAAUGAAAUUUUCUUAGCUUUAACAACAAUGUGCUGUUUGGAUAUGUUGUGCUUCAUAGCGGGAAUAGCCCACUGA